UAUUUCUUUGAAUUUCUCAGUCAAACAAAAAUUAUUUCCACAAUGUGCUCAGUGGAAAAAUCUAGGAAAUGAUUGAUACAGAAAUUUUGGCCUAAGAAUUCUUCCAAGAAAUUAUGUAUCAAUUUUAGUGACUCCAUGAUUUUUCGUAUAAAAUAAUGACAAAAUUAUGUUAUAAGGCCUAAGGUGAAACAGGAUAGAGUCCAUUUCGAGAGACUCGGCCAUUUUCAUUUUGGUAGUAGUAAGAAUGCAAAGUAUGCUUUCAAGAAUGAUUCAAUUGCUUAAGCUUUGUUCUUUUCUAGCUCUCAUUUAUGAACUUGCUUGUGCUGACCCUCUUAAUGAUCCUCCUGAUGAGCUUUGUUCAAGCACUAGUAAUUACACGGCGGGUAGUCGUUUUGAAAAUAACCUCAAAGAUCUCUUCCUUUCUUUAUCUUCAAAUUCUUCUUUUACUAGGUUCUACAACACUUCUUCUGGAAACGACCCAGAUAGAGUUUAUGGACUGUAUAUGUGCUUCAACUACGUAAAUGGAAACGACUGCCAGAGCUGUGUAAGCCUUGCAACAACAGAUAUUGUGAAGCUCUGUCCAAACAGUAAGGAAGCAUUUGUAGGGGAGGAACUUUGCCAAUUUCGCUACUCAAAUCAAAAUUUCUUUGGCCAAUUGAAUGUUACAGGAAACAUUCCCAAACAAAAUGAAGUGAACAUUUCAGAGCCACAAUUGUUCAAAGGUGUUGUAAACAAUGUAUUGAGUAACCUUGCGAAAAAGGCAGCUUUUGAUCCUAACAUGUAUGCUACUCGAGAAGAACCCUUUAAAGAUGAUACAAUCUAUGCUCUAGUGCAGUGCGGUACUGACUUGUCUGCAAAUCAAUGUAACUCAUGCCUACAGAAGGCUAUAUCAGAUAUUCAAACAUGCUGCUUUUUCUCUGUUGGUGCAAGACUUUUUAGUCGUAGUUGCUAUUUGCGCUAUGAGUUCUACAACUUCUAUCAAGUUCUACCUUCUUCCACAGAUAAUAUGAAUGGGGAAAGUAGUGUAAGGAAAAUAUGGAUGAUCAUAAUCUUGACGGUUGUACCAGUAUGCCUUGUGGUAGUACUGAUUGCUUUCGUUUACUGGCUUGCAAUGAAUAAAAAAAGCAAAAAAAGGAAGAAUGAAAUUGCAACUCAAGGACCUAUUUUUCGUACCGUUCAUGGCCAACAUAACACUGACUUUCAGCACCAAAAUUUUCAAGGAAGAAAUGAACAGCAAGAUCAAGAACUCCCUUACUUUGAUUUUGCAUCCGUAAGUGCAGCUACUGACAACUUCAGUGAUUCAAAUAAGCUAGGAGAAGGGGGCUUUGGCACUGUUUACAAGGGUAUACUGAGUAAUGGAAAGCAAGUAGCAGUGAAAAGGCUUUCCGGUUGUUCUGAACAAGGUUCAACGGAAUUCACCACUGAAGUUCUGCUCAUUAUGAAAGUUCAACACAAAAAUCUUGUCAGGCUUUUAGGUUUCUGCAUAGAAAGGGAGGAAAAGCUGCUUAUCUAUGAAUACAUGCCGAAUAGUAGCCUAGAUUUCUCUCUCUUUGAUGCAAAUAGACGAGAGCAACUCAAUUGGAGCAGACGAAUUAAUAUCAUAAAUGGAAUUGCUCGGGGAUUACUUUAUCUUCAUGAGGAUUCUCGACUUAGAAUAAUUCAUAGGGACCUAAAACCUAGCAAUGUGUUGUUGGAUAAUGACAUGAACCCAAAGAUUUCAGAUUUUGGGAUGGCAAGAAUCAUUGAAGGAAAUGAACAUGAAGCUAAUACUGCUAAAAUAGUUGGGACAUAUGGAUACAUGGCUCCAGAGUAUGCUAUGGAAGGAUUAUAUUCCAUAAAGUCUGAUGUUUAUAGCUUUGGAGUUCUCUUGCUUGAGAUCAUAACUGGGAUAAGGAAUGCUGGCUUCCAUCAAUCGAAACGUGCUCCCAGCCUCCUAGCAUAUGCAUGGAAAUUAUGGAAUGAAGGAAAAGGAUUGGAGUUGAUGGAUCCUUUGUUGACUAAUUCAUUUUCUUCAGAUGAAUUUUUGAGAUACAUUCAUAUUGGUUUACUAUGUGUUCAAGAAGAUGCAUAUUACAGGCCAACAAUGUUCUCUGUUGUCCAAAUGCUUAAAGCUCAAACUAUGACACUCUGUCGACCUGAACGACCCGCUUUCUCUGUGGGGAGAUUCACAGAUCACUAUGAAACAAAUCCUAACAGCUGUUCAGUCAAUGGCUUAACAAGUUCAGGUGUUUUGCCUCGGUGAUGGAGAUGAGGGAUCGGUUUGAUAUCUCACAAUGCCGACAUUUGUUUUGUGUGUUUCCAGACUGGUCAUGACAUUGAAGACCGUACAAACUCAAGGUUAUACCUUAAGUUUAUGGGGGCAUUAGAGAUAAUAUGGCCUUAGAAGCCCAAAACUGUUAUAGGCCCAUUUAUUUGUAGAAGAAAGCAAACUAAUUCGAGUGUUAGUCUACAAUUAUCUAGUAUAUAAACCCUAUGUUUGAUCAUUGUAAUAUAUAAGUCAUAUGAUAAAGAUGUAAACAACAAUUGCUUCUGCUAUAAAAUUAGACUAUUAAGCUGAA